AUGUCGGAGCAUUCCAUGGAGCUCCCUGAAAACUACAUUCCGUUCGACAAAUACCAGGGUUUGGGCAACGAUUUCAUCAUCUUGGAUCUCGCAGAUGAGGCCAUCCUCCGACCAGAAAUCUUCCAGUUACUAGCAAAUCGUAGGUUGGGCGUCGGUUGUGACCAAAUCAUGGUGAUCAUGCCUGCCAAUGCCUCCCAACACAAUUGUGAUGCUCGAAUCCGGAUCUUUAACACUGACGGAAGUGAAGCCGAAGCAUGCGGCAAUGGAACGCGAUGUGUGAUCCAAGUCUUAGCGAAAAAGCUGAGAAGGUCCCAUAUCAUUUUGGAUACCAAAGCUGGAGUUCUCAGUGGUACAAUGCACAGUAUCGGUGAUGUAGAAGUGGAACAGGGUCGGCCAAGGUUUAAGGAUGAAGCCUUAGAUCUGUGUGCCUAUGGAUUACCCGGGAUCGUUGGCCAUCCUGUGGACAUUGGCAAUCCGCAUUUGGUGAUAUUUUUCUCCGAUGACACGAUCCCUGACUUUGAACGACUCGGUGCUGUUUUGGAACAUCAUCCAAAGUUUGAGAACCGCACCAAUGUGGAGUUCUGUUGUAUUGAUCACAAUCGUGAGCAGAUCAGGGUGUGGAUGUGGGAAAGAGGGGCCGGACGAACAUUGGCUUGUGGAUCUGGUGCCUGUGCCACGGCCUUUGUUGCUCUGAAAUUGGAGCUCUUGGGCGUAGACAAGUCGUUUGUUACGAUACAGAUGGAGGGUGGGAAUUUGAAAGUCUCUUUAGAUUCUUCGGGUGUUAUACGACAUCGCGGUGAUGCAAACUUUGUUUUUAAGGGAGUUUUCCUCACGCCUAAGUGA